AGUCUUGAGGAAACGACCGGCAUCAACCGAUAUUUUUCCUCAACAAAUCAUAGCAAAUACGCUCACCAACUCUUUCGUUGAUUCUACAAAUACCUUCACCAAAACAGCAAAAAAAAAAAAAAGGAAAAAAAAAAGAAAAGAAAAUGGUGGAUAAUUUGUUGGGUCUUCUAAGAGUUCGGAUCAAGAGAGGGGUGACUCUUGCCGUUCGUGAUGUUAGAAGUAGUGAUCCUUUUGUGGUUCUCAGAAUGGGCAAGCAGAAAUUGAAGAGUCGAGUAAUAAAAAGUAACGUCAAUCCAGAGUGGAAUGAAGACUUGACUCUUUCUGUGGAGGAUCCUACUAUCCCAGUCAGACUUGAAGUGUAUGAUAAAGACAGGUUCAGUGCCGAUGAUCCAAUGGGCAACGCUGAAUUCAACAUCCAACCGUUCAUUGAGGCCUUGAAGAUGAAGUCAGGACUCAUUCCAAAUGGGACGAUACUAAACAAAAUGACCCCGAACAGACACAACUGCUUGGCCGAAGAGAGUCUGAUCUACUUAUCCGAUGGAGAAAUAGUUCAAGAUAUGGUGCUUAGGUUGAAGGAAGUAGAAAGUGGUGAGGUUGAACUGAGAUUGGAGUGGGUUAACAUUCCAGGCUCCGAGGGUUUGUGGGAUGCACUCUGAUGUUGUAGCAGUUGUUCAGACUUCAUUGGAAUUUUUUAGUUAUGCCUUCGUUGUGUUGUGUUGUGUUGUAAUGUAUGUAUGUAUGUAUGUGUACGUAGAAAGUAUUUAUUUUCGGAUGAUGAUCCUUUGCUGGUUGGAGCACUUCUUUGAGUUGGAAUUUUAUUUUAAACA